AUCAAGAGUAUAAAUGGCCAGAAGGCGUGUGUCUGUGUGUGAGAUCUCGUGCGCUAUCGGAGAAGAUGUUUACAAGAUUCAGCUAGACACAAUCGGACCGACACACCAGCUUCAGUCUGCUCAAGCGGAAGUCGUUGUUCUAGAGCAGACUUUCUGUCCUGACACUCUCGGUUGUGCCCCACGUCAGGCCCUGGAACACGAAACGAUGCCGAAUAUUAAGAUAUUCAGCGGGAGCUCCCAUCAGGAUUUGUCUCAGAAAAUCGCCGACCGGCUCGGACUUGAAUUGGGGAAGGUCAUCUUGAAAAAAUUCAGUAACCAGGAAACAUGUGUGGAGAUCGGAGAAAGCGUACGUGGCGAGGAUGUGUACAUUGUGCAGAGUGGCUGUGGCGAGAUCAACGACAACUUGAUGGAGUUGCUGAUUAUGAUCAAUGCCUGCAAGAUAGCAUCAGCUUCCCGUGUCACCGCAGUCAUCCCCUGUUUCCCUUACGCUCGGCAAGACAAGAAGGAUAAGAGCCGAGCGCCAAUCUCUGCCAAGCUGGUGGCCAACAUGCUGCUUAUCGCAGGAGCAGACCAUAUCAUUACCAUGGAUCUGCAUGCCCCUCAAAUACAGGGCUUCUUUGACAUACCUGUUGAUAACCUGUACGCUGAGCCUGCUGUGCUGAAGUGGAUUAAGGAAAAUAUUCCUGAAUGGAAAAACUGCACCAUUGUCUCUCCAGAUGCUGGAGGAGCUAAAAGGGUCACGUCUAUAGCUGAUCGACUGAAUGUUGACUUUGCCCUCAUUCACAAAGAAAGAAAGAAGGCUAAUGAGGUGGAUAACAUGGUGUUGGUGGGAGACGUGAAAGAUUGCGUGGCUAUUUUAGUCGACGACAUGGCUGACACAUGUGGCACCGUCUGCCAUGCCGCUAACAAGCUAUUAUCAGCUGGUGCCACCAAGGUGUAUCCCAUCUUUACUCAUGGCAUUUUCUCAGGGCCUGCCAUAUCGCGCAUCAACAAUGCUUGCUUUGAAGCUGUAGUCGUGACCAACACCAUUCCACAGGAAGAGAAUAUGAAGCAUUGUCCUAAAAUACAGGUCAUCGACAUUUCAAUGAUCCUUGCAGAAGCUAUUCGGAGGACUCAUAACUGUGAGUCUGUCUUGUAUCUCUUCAGUCAUGUCCCCUUGUAACCUCUUCUCAGCGCAUAUCCCUUUAUUGUGCUUUAUUACCAAAAGAAGAAAGAAAGAAACAAAGGAGCCUGACCCCAAGACCUCAGUAAACUGAUUGAGACCCUUCUGUGAAAUCCUGGCACCCAGUGUACCUGUCUGAGCUGUUUAGUUCCUAGUGAACAUUUAGUUCCUAGUCUUAAAAGCAUUCUGUUUAGUACCUUACACGGGUUCCACCUAGCUCGACUAGAUGCUUGACCAUUCGGGUGACAAUCUGUUACAGUUGUGUUCAAAAUUAUUCAACCCCCAAUGCUGUAAAUGGUUUUAGGGAAUUUA